UGCACUUGAACCAACUUUCUCCCAGUGUGACGUUUGCCUUUUCGUUGUGUUGUGCUUCUAAUCUGAUAAAAUACUUACUUUUGAGUUAAUUGUUGUGUUAUAUUUCUCAGUCCUGGUGAGAUCGUCUUGUAGAAUGGUUUCGGUGUGUUGACAUCACGUGUGAUAAAAAUAGCAUUAACGUCAUUACCAACACAAUUAUGUUUAAUUAGUUCCCCAUACAAUUACAAUACAUGACUAAAAUGUGAUACAACAAUCGUAAGACUGAAAAUAGGUUGUUAUUCAAUCAAAGAUGAGUGAAAACGAAGACAAUGAAUUGGACCCUCGAAUACAGAUCGAACUCGAGAAGCUCAACACCACAACAGAUGAAAUCAACCGUCUAGAAAUAGAAUACGAUGAAGCCAACACCACUUUCCGAUUGCUCCUAAAUGAGUCAACUCGGAGACUCAAAAUUUUGUCCAAAAAACUCGGUAGUUGUAUCGAGCGAGCGAGGCCUUAUUACGAAGCGUUGGAGAUAGCGAAAAAGGCACAGCAGGAGUGCCAGAAAGCCGCAGUCCAAUUCCAGAGAGCUAAUGAAAUUCACGCAGCGGCCAAGGAAACAGUGGCUUUGGCCGAACAGAGGUUUCUGAGUAAUCAGCACGAGUGGCAGUUUGAUAAUGCCUGGCAGGAGAUGCUCAAUCAUGCCACAAUUAAAGUCAUGGAAGCGGAAAAUCAAAAAGCGGAAAGCGGUCGCGAGCACCAACGUCGCGCUACCAUCUUCAAAACCGCUGAAGACUGUGUGAAACAGCUUGAAAGCCGUCUCCAGAAGUCCAUAAUCAAAUCGCGUCCCUACUUCGACGAGAAAUCCCUCUGCCAACAGCAGCUCAACACGCAGAAAGAACGCAUCGAGACAAUAAAACGCGACAUCGUCAAAGCGAAAUCCUCCUACGCCCAAACUCUCAAACAACUCGAGCAAAUCUCGAACGAGAUCCACUUGAAACGAGGCAGCGUCAGCGAGGAAAUCCUGCGAGGGCCUCGAGAACCGGGAGUGGGGGCCGAACUAGCGCCAUCGCACGUCGAAAUCCCGAACAAGAAUCACGCCUCGUUGCCGGAUUUCACUCUGGAGUUGGAGAAAUGCGAAUUGAGGAGUUGCGGGUCGAGUUCGGCGGUGAGCGAAAAGGACGAAAAGGAGGAAUUUGUCGAGGAUUUGGAUGAGUUGAAGGUGAAAUUUAAAGAGUUGGCAACGCGGCCGGUCAAUGGGGGCGAGGGGGAGAGUAUGGAUGGGGUGUGGGAGUCGGAAUUGAAGGAUACUGUUGAGAAAAUGGACCACAUGAUGCUACUCCAAGAGUGUGCUCAAGAAUUGGAUCACUACAAGUCUGAAAUUAAAGAUAAGGUUAUUGAGGAGGUGUCUUAAGUGUCGUUUAUCGUAGAAUAGAGAUACAACGAGACAAGUGUUUUUUUAAGUUUGUUUCGAGGACUUUAGACUAGAACAUUUCAGUAUUGUUACCUCGGUUUAAACACUAAUUUUUAUACUAAAUCAAAUCGUUACUUGGAAUUAGCCUAAUUUUGAAAAAGGAUUGAUUAAGCUCAAAGCUGUGAAAAAUACGGCCAGUUUUGGCAGUUUUGAUAUUUUAACACUUGCAUGUGAUAAUGCAAUUGGAUUUUUUGUGUUUUUAUUUUGAAGCAUGGGCGUGGCAGAUUUAGUCCAAACAAUUUGGUGUUAAAAUUUUAUUAUGAAAAAGCGAAAUUAAGACAUUUUAUACUUUUUUGCGUUUUUAGUAUUUUUCUGUUAGCAUUCGUUGAUCUAUGAAAUUUAUACAGGGUGUGCUAACCAAUAUUUUUAGAUACUACUGAUCAAGGAAUAUUAUUUGAGUUGACAAUUAUUUUCUUUGCGUUAUAAUUUGCAAAAUUUUUGGUUAAAAGAAAGAAAGUGAGAAAAUAUAAAUCUCUCCACUGUCGACAAAAUUUCCUGACAGAUUAAACGUUAAAUCGUACGAAUUUUGCAAAAGAAGUGCCGUUUAAAAGACUUUUGCGAAUCCUACUAACUGCGCCAAUUAAAAAACAGGACUUGGUUUUAUAAAAAAAAUACCCAUUCCAACUAGCAGCAAAACGAUAUAAGUACUGAAUUACUGACUUCGAUAGAUAUUCUAAAAACAUAGCUCAUCUAUUUUUAAUAAAAAAGGGGAUUUGUGGUAAUAUAGGUCUACAUUCGUCACCGUUUGAUAAAUGCUCUUUUUCAAUGAGAAAAAAAUUUCUUUGAAUUAAAAAGACACUAAAAUGUGAAAUUUUACACAUUUGUCAUGUCCUCAGAAUCAUUUUGUGUCCACUUUUACAAUGUGUGCCUUUGAUUGUAACAAAAACUGUCUUUAGCUUUUUGCACUUUAUUUUUUAACUCGUUUGUAUUUUGUUGUUCUUGAUUUGCAUUUUAGAAUUGGGAUUUAUUUUUGUUCAAUUGGUGUUUGAACAAUUUUAGUUUAAAAAUUACCGAAUUUAACAAAAUAAUGAAUGGGGGUUAAAAGCCUGAUAGCAAAAUUCACCGAAAAAUUAAAUAUCGGAUAAGAAUUAAAUUAUUGUUAAGCUUAUUUCAGGCAUUUCUAAAUUGUUGUGGUGUGCAGGGUGAACCAAAGAUAACGCACAAAUAUUUUUUUUGUAUACGCU